GUUUUCUUGGGGGAAGAGGAGAAAAACAGUCUGUAUGAAGAUGGAGAUGUAGUUAUAGGUGGUUUAUUCCCUCUACACUACAGCCCUGUGUCUUCUCUUCCAACAUACAAAACUAAACCAGCAGCUUAUAUGUAUAAAUAUUUCAGCUCUCGUGCCUUGCGCUGGAUGCAAACCAUGACUUUUGCAAUUGGAGAGAUCAACCAGCGCAGUGACCUGCUGCCACAGCUCAAGCUGGGUUUCCACAUUCGUGACAGCUGUGAUGACAUACCGGUAUCUCUGAGAGCAUCUUUGCUGUUGGUGAACGGCCAGCCAGAGAGAGACUCCAGAGGUCCACAAAGUAAAAAUGAUUUAAAUUUAAGUUGUGCUGCUGUACAAAGUAUUGUCUCCCCAGUAAUCAUAGGAGAUGCUGCCUCUGGGGUGUCUAUGGCUCUGCUGAGAAGCCUGGGUUCUUUCCAUAUCCCCCUGGUGAGCUAUUUCGCAUCCUGCAGCUGUCUGAGUAACCAAAGGGAGUUCCCCACAUUCAUGCGAACCAUGCCUAGUGAUGCCUUCCAGGUCAGAGCCCUGGCCCGGCUGGUUAGUUAUUUUGGCUGGACCUGGGUGGGAGUCAUUGGUCUGGAAUCUGAUUAUGCUCGCUUUGCCAUCCAACUCUUCCUGGAGGAGUCAGUGCAGUAUGGUGUGUGUGCUGCCUACAUUCAUUUCUACCCUGUAGUCCUGAGUCAGCAGGCUCUAGAUGAGCUUCUGGAUGUAAUUCAGAUGGCAUCCUCAAAGGUUAUCAUCAACUUCUGCAGUGACUCAGAGAUGAAAGGUAUUCUGAAAGAGAUCCGACGUCGGAAUAUAACCGGUCUGCAGUGGAUCGCCAGUGAAGCUUGGGCCACUGCCAAAUCGCUUUGGGAAAAGUUUGGAGAUCUCCUGACAGGAACACUGGGAUUUGCCAUCCAAAGAGCUGAUGUGAUUCCAGGCCUUCAACAACACCUCACUAGUCUCAGACCAUCCAAUAUUCAUGAAUCAGCUUUCUUGGCAGAAUUUUGGGAAGAGACGUUUAACUGUCGAUUGAAUGGGUCAGUGAACAGCCACUCUCAUGGAGAUAACAACUACAUCGACAGAUUGCCAUGUAAAGGGACGGAGGAUUUAAGCAAUGUUUACUCUCCUUAUUCUGAUGUGACACAGCUAAGAGUGUCUUAUAAUGUCUACAAGGCUGUGUAUCUGGUGGCCCAUGCAUUGCAUAAUAUGAAUAAUUGCAUAGUUGGACAGGGGCCUUUCUCUAAUGGCACCUGUGCAGACCCAAAGAAUUUUAAACCUUGGCAGCUAAUUCACUACAUGAAACAUGCAAAUUUUUCUGCACUCGGGGAGAAAGUCAGCUUUGAUCAAAACGGUGACCCCAUUGCUUAUUAUGAUCUCUUGAACUGGCAAAGGAGGCCUGACGGCUCACUACAUUUGGAAAAAGUAGGUUUCUAUGACGCCUCAUCGCCUGCUGGACGCAGCCUGGUCAUAAAUGACUCAGUGAUUCAGUGGCCUGUUGGGAAGCAGACAAUUUCCACAGGGUUGUGGGAGUUCACCUGUGUUAUCAUUGUAACAGCAGGAAACUGGGUAGCAACUAAAGUGUGCAAACUUCAAAACAGCUUUCAGCCAGCCUUUGUGGCCAGGGGUGACUAUGUUAUUGGGGGGAUCUUCCCCCUUCACUAUAACCAGGAGAUGCCAGACCUCAACUGCACCUAUAGACCACCACCAGUGAAGUGCAAUGGCUUUGAUCCCAGGGCUUUCCGCUGGGUUCAGACUAUGAGGCUGGCAGUGGAGGAGAUAAACCAGAGUACAGAGCUAUUGCCCAAUUACACCCUUGGAUACAAAAUCUUUGAUUCAUGUUCAUAUCCACUGACGGGUCAGAGGGCUGCUCUGGCUGUGUUGAACGGGCUAAGCGAGGAUAACUCUCCCAUGUGCAGCGGUGCCUCUCCGCUCCUUGCUGUUAUUGGGGAAUCUGGUUCUACGCUGUCUAUGGUGUUGUCAAGAAUCCUGCAGCCAUUCAGAAUACCGAUGAUCAGCUACUUUUCUUCAUGUGCUUGUCUCUCUGACAGAAAAAGAUUUCCUACCUUCUUCAGAGUUAUCCCGAGUGAUGACUAUCAGGUGAAAGCCAUUGCUCAGCUGCUGGUACGGUUCAACUGGACUUGGGUGGGGCUGGUGCGAGGAGACCGUGAAUAUGGACGCUUUGCUGCAGAAGGUUUACUAAGGGAAUUACAGGGUACCAAAGUAUGUAUAGCGUACCAAGAAAUUAUCCCCCUGCUCUACAGUCAUCAGAGGGCACUGGAAAUCAUGCAGGUGAUGCGAACCUCUGUAGCAAAGGUUGUGGUGGUGUUUUCAUCUGAGGGGGAGAUGACACCUUUCUUGAAAGAUUACAUGAAACAGAACAUCACUGGAAUCCAAUGGGUGGCCAGUGAGGCCUGGGUUACAGCAUCUGUCUUUGCAGGAAGCGAGUAUUACCCCUACAUGGGGGGCACCAUUGGGUUUGGUAUCAGGAAAGGUUAUAUAUCCGGACUCAGUGACUACCUCCAGUCAGUAAACCCUCAAAUGUAUCCAAAUAAUGUUUUGGUUAAGGAGCUGUGGCAGGCUCUGUAUGGUUGCAGUCCUUCUUUGUCCUCUGACUCCAAGUUGCCUCCCUGCACAGGGCAGGAGUCCCUGUUGGAGCAGCAUUCGGCCUACAUGAAUACAUCUAACCCUAGAGUAGCAUACAAUGUCUAUAAGGCUGUACAUGCAAUUGCUCAUUCCCUCCACAACCUUCUUCUAUGUCAACCAGGCAGUGGGCCUUUCCAAAACAACUCAUGUGCUCAAAGCAACAACAUACACCCCUGGCAGCUCCAGUACUACCUUCAGGAAGUGAAAUUUGAAAUUGCCGGGGAGGAGGUGAACUUUGACCUGAAGGGUGACUCCAUACCUUAUUAUGAUAUCAUCAACUGGCAGAGAGGCACAGGCGGAAACAUUGAGUUUGUCAACGUGGGGUUGUUUGAUGGAACCAAGCCUGCUGGAAAGGAGGUGGUGAUCCAGGAAGACAGGAUUAUUUGGGCAGGGCAUCAGAGUGAGGUUCCAGUGUCUGUAUGCAGUGCCAGCUGUCCUCCAGGGUCCCGGAAGGCUGUUCGUCAUAGGGAGCCUGUUUGCUGUUUUGACUGUGUACCAUGUGACAGUGGCAAAAUUAGCAAUCAGACAAACUCAAUAGAGUGCAAAUUUUGUCCUGAGGACUUCUGGUCAAACAAAGACAGAACAGGCUGCAUCCCUAAGAAGGUGGAGUUCUUGGCUUAUGAUUCCUUGGGUAUAGCCCUGACAGUGACCUCUGUGGUGGGUGCCUGCCUCACUAUGACUGUCUUUGCAGUCUUUUUCUAUCAUAGAAACACAGCCAUUGUCCGUGUGAAUAACUCUGAACUCAGCUUCUUCAUCCUUUUUGCACUGACUCUGUGUUUCCUGUGUUCCCUGGUGUUCAUUGGAGAGCCAACACCAUGGUCCUGCAUGCUGCGCCACACUGCCUUUAGCAUUACAUUUUCACUUUGCAUCUCGUGCAUUCUGGGGAAGACUCUGGUGGUGUUGGCUGCUUUCACUGCCACCAGGCCAGGAGACAACAUCAUGAAGUGGCUUGGGCCCAAGCAGCAGAGGUUAAUUAUUUUCAGUUGCACUCUGGUUCAGGUAGUUAUCUGUGCUGCCUGGCUCAUUGAUGCUCCUCCUUUUCCAUCCCGAAAUACAAAAUAUGAACGCUCAAAGAUCAUACUGGAAUGUAGUGUUGGCUCCAGCCUCGCAUUCUGGUGUGUUCUGGGAUAUAUUGGUCUACAGGCCUGUCUGUCCUUCGUCCUGGCUUUUCUGGCCCGUAAGUUACCAGGCAACUUCAACGAGGCCAAGUUCAUCACUUUUAGCAUGCUGAUCUUCUCUGCUGUGUGGCUAGCAUUCAUCCCUGCUUAUAUCAGCUCACCUGGAAAUUAUGCAGAUGCAGUGGAGUCAUUUGCCAUUUUGGCGUCCAGCUUUGGCUUGUUGUUCUGCCUGUUUGCUCCAAAGUGCUACAUUAUUUUACUGAAACCAGAGAAGAAUACAAAACAGCACCUGAUGGGAAAAUAA